UUCUCCCUUGGCUUGCCUUGGCGACCAUCGCUCUGGGGCUGUCAGGGAGGGCUCUUUCAGCGCAUUCUGGGGGCGAAUCACCGAUGGAAAUGUUUUUGUUCAGUUAAGAACAGAAAAUAUCUACUUUAAAAUUACAAUUAUCAGGAAUGGUGCACAAAACGGCAUACCUCUGCAUGUUUCUAAAGACUGUGGUCAACGAGAGGACGAUGCAUUCAGCCACUAUUUCUACGUGUUACUUGAAGACAAACGUGUGGAGCUGAAAAUAAAAGAAGGAAGUAUAGUGCACCCAGAGAAUGAAAAGGCAUGGACUGGAAAAAGUAGAAAGUAAACACAUUUUGCUGGUUUGAUUGUGUCAAUAAAUGGAUAAAAUGGGCAAGAUGUGGAACAACUUGAAAAAACGUUGCCACAACCUAUUCCAUUCCGAAAAUACUAGCAAAAAUGAAAACAGCCUGGAUGUAAACUUCAGUGGGUACUCUUUGGAGCAGACCAACAGUAUUUGCCUUUCUGAGUUACCUUCCCAAGCAACAGCUAGCACUCAUCAGAGACUUUGUCCUUUGCCGCUGGUUUCUGACAACCUCCAGAACGUUUCACGAAGGAACCAGAAUUGUGUCUCUGAUAUUCCUCAGAUCAUGGAGAUCACAAUAGACAAAGAUUUUGAGGAUCUGCGAGCAGCAGCAGGCACUCGAUUGGCUCGCAGAGAUUCUUACUCGAGGCAUGCUCCUUGGGGGAGCAAGAAAAAACACUCAUGCUCCACCAAGACACAGAGUUCCCUGGAGACUGAUAAGCACUUUAGCAGGACACGAAAUGGUCUGCAGAGACGGGAGAGAAGAUUAGGAGUCAGUUCUGUACAUGAUAUGGAUUCCACCUCUACUCGGACUCUAAACGGAUGCUCCUUCCGACAGCGUUUACAGGACACUGUAGGUCUCUGCUUUCCAAUACGUUCCCGCUCUCGGUCUUCCAAAGUGACAUUUUCAGCAAAGAGGAAGAUCCACUUGUCUGAGCUCCUGCUUGAAAAAUGCCCUUUUCCUGCAGGUUCAGAUCUUGCCCAAAAGUGGCAUCUCAUUAAACAGCACACAGCUCCUGUUAGCCCCCAGUCUGCCACUUUGCUAGAUGCAUUUGCCUCUACAGAAGAUGAAGAAGACAGACUGCGGGAGAGGAGGAGGCUCAGCAUUGAAGAGGGGGUUGAUCCGCCUCCCAAUGCCCAGAUCCACACAUUUGAAGCCACAGCUCAGAUUAAUCCUUUAUAUAAGCUGGGACCAAAGCUACCGCCAGGGAUAGGGGACAUAACUGGGGACAGUAGGAGUUCUGCAAUUGUAAAUUCAGUACCUGUGGGAAGUGUGACAGCAGGGCCACAGCAAGCUGCACCUUUGCUUACGGAUUUUGAUUCAGAGGAAGAUGCAACAACUUUGUGCUUGCAGUCACGUAGGCCAAAGCAGAGGCAUACAUCUGGAGAGAGCCAUUUCUGCCGUCAAGGACCUUGGAAGGUUCACACACAAAUAGAUUUUAUUCACUGCCUAGUGCCAGAUCUACUGCAGAUCACCAGCAACCCCUGUUACUGGGGUGUGAUGGACCGGUAUGAAGCAGAGGCACUUCUAGAGGGCAAACCUGAAGGCACAUUCUUGCUCAGGGACUCUGCGCAGGAAGACUACCUCUUCUCUGUCAGCUUCCGCAGAUAUAACCGCUCAUUGCAUGCACGCAUUGAGCAGUGGAAUCACAACUUCAGCUUUGAUGCUCAUGACCCAUGCAUUUUCCACUCCUCAACUGUAAGUGGUCUGCUGGAGCAUUACAAGGAUCCUAGCUCCUGUAUGUUUUUUGAACCUUUGCUCACAAUGCCACUACACAGGACUUUUCCUUUUAGCCUGCAGUACAUCUGUCGUGCAGUAAUCUGUAGGCGUACCACCUAUGACGGAAUAGGCCUGCUUCCUUUGCCGGCAGCUCUGCAGGACUUUUUGAAGGAAUACCAUUAUAAACAAAAAGUUCGAGUGCGAUGGCUUGAGAGAGAACCUAUCAAGGUCAAAUAAAAAUAAUUGAGUAAAUAACAAAAGAGGACCGCAGUAAAAGAACGAACAGUAUCCAAACUUUUUUUUCUUCUUCUUCUUCAGGAUAGGCCUCACACAAGAGGAAAGACUAUAUGUUUUUUGUGUUUUUUUUUCUUUCUGUUCUUUACGGUUUGUGUGUACAUCACAACAAUAGCCUAUGGCAAGUAAAUAGUUAGAAUCCAACUUUGUUGUCAAAACAAAAGUGUAAAAAAAAAAAAAAAGACAAAAACCUUAGCCCUGUCACACUUCUUUCUGCUGCUACAUUCUAGAUAGGUACAUAAAUAAUAAUUAUCAUGUCUGCUCUGUGCUAAAUAAUAAUAAAAUAGUAGGCUAAGCCUCUAGCAUGAGCACAUUUGGGAAAAGACGCUUAACUGCAAGUUGUUUCUUUUUGAAUAAAUUUUGCAGUUCUGAAUUCUUCUUUUUGUUUUAGUACUUUUGGAAGUAUUUUGUCCUUUUUCCAAAGCAGUUAUUGAGCUCUUUAUGUGUCUGAUUGCAGUUUUAAAAAAGUGUAUGUGUUUUAAUAGAAAGUGAAGUCAUAAAAUGUACUCCAAAAA